CUCCACACAUUCUACUAAGAAAAAUCUUGGACUAACCCUUAAACCCUAAAUUUCUAAAGCUUUCGGCUGCAUUAUCUCGCCUCCAUUUUUGCAGCAGAUAUGAGACCUCCAAGAGGCCGCGGUGGUGGUGGAUUCAGAGGUGGAAGAGGAGAUGGAGGAGGUCGAGGUAGAGGAGGAUUCGGUGGUGGAAGAGGAGGUGGAGGAAGAGGUUUUGGUGACAGAGGAGGCGGCCGCGGUGGACGUGGAGCUCGCGGUGGAGGUAGAGGACGCGGCGGAGGCCGCGGUGGUGGCGGAAUGAAGGGUGGAAGUAAAGUGAUAGUUGAGCCACAUAGACAUGAGGGUGUGUUUGUUGCUAAGGGUGGUAAAGAGGAUGCUCUUGUCACUAAGAAUCUUGUUCCUGGAGAAGCUGUUUAUAAUGAGAAAAGAAUUAGUGUUCAGAAUGAAGACGGAACUAAAAUUGAAUACAGGGUUUGGAAUCCUUUCAGAUCAAAAUUAGCAGCUGCUAUUCUUGGUGGUGUUGAUAAUAUUUGGAUUAAACCUGGAGCUAAGGUUUUAUAUCUCGGAGCGGCUUCUGGUACAACAGUGUCUCAUGUAUCUGAUCUUGUUGGUCCUACAGGGGUGGUAUAUGCUGUGGAAUUUUCCCACAGAAGUGGAAGGGAUUUGGUUAACAUGGCAAAGAAGCGUACAAAUGUUAUCCCUAUCAUUGAGGAUGCCAGGCAUCCAGCCAAGUACCGUAUGCUUGUUGGUAUGGUGGAUGUGAUAUUUUCUGAUGUUGCUCAACCUGAUCAGGCAAGAAUUCUAGCAUUAAAUGCCUCAUACUUCCUGAAAGCCGGUGGCCAUUUUGUUAUUUCAAUUAAGGCAAACUGUAUCGACUCAACUGUUCCAGCAGCGGCUGUGUUUGAGAGUGAAGUAAAAAAGAUGACACUGGAGCAGUUCAAGCCUUCCGAACAGGUGACGCUUGAGCCAUUUGAGCGAGACCAUGCUUGUGUUAUUGGUGGGUAUCGGAUGCCAAAGAAACAGAAACCUGCUGCUGCUGCCUAGUUUAAAUUAUUAGUGUUCCAUAGUAGAUGCUACCCCAAGUUGGGAUUGUAUUUCUGUCAGAAUAUUAGUUGCAGCUUAUUGUGGAAAUUUUGGUUUUUCUUGUUAUUGUUGACAGUGAUGUUGAAUGUUCAAUGAUCAGUUUGGAGGGUCA